AUGACUAUUCCAAGCUUCGAUCAUCCCAUUGAAACUCCUCCGCGAGCCCCUUCGCCAGUCCAUCGAUUUGGCACUCUAGCAGUUCAUGCUGGAUCUCCUCAUGAUCCUGUCACUGGCGCCGUCAUCGAAGCCAUCUCCCUUUCUACAACAUUUGCGCAAACCGCCGUCGGAAAACCCGUUGGUGCAUAUGAAUACAGCAGAAGCUCCAAUCCCAAUCGUGACAAUUUCGAACAGGCUGUCGCAGCUCUCGAACACGCAAAAUACGCCUUAGCUUUCUCUUCUGGCUCUGCUACCACGGCUACCAUUUUGCAGUCCUUAGCCGCUGGUUCGCAUGUUAUUUCGGUAUCGGACGUCUAUGGUGGAACCCACAGAUAUUUCACACAGGUAGCUAAGGCUCAUGGUGUGAAGGUUACAUUUACGCCAGAGAUCGAGGUGGAUGUUGUGGAUCAUAUUACACCAGAGACAAAACUCAUCUGGAUCGAGACUCCCAGUAACCCUACUCUGCGUCUUGUGGAUAUUAGAGCGGUGGCUACAGCGGCCCACGAACAUGGCAUCAUGGUUGUGGUUGACAAUACUUUCAUGAGCCCAUACGUUCAACAACCCUUGGACCACGGAGCUGAUAUUGUCGUUCACUCUGUCACUAAAUACAUCAAUGGACACUCCGAUGUAGUGAUGGGAGUGGCCGCUUUCAACUCAGACGCUAUGAAGGAGAGAUUAGGCUUUUUGCAAAAUGCCAUUGGAUGCAUACCUUCAGCUUUUGACAGCUGGCUCGCUCACCGUGGUCUGAAGACAUUGCAUCUCCGAGCUCGGGAAGCCACAGUUAAUGCGACAUUGGUAGCCAAAACAUUGGAAAGCUCACCCCACGUCAUCGCCGUCAACUACCCUGGCUUGGACUCCCACCCGCACCGCAAAAUUGCUCUCAAGCAACAUAGAGAUGGUAUGGGAGGUGGCAUGCUUUCAUUCCGUAUUAAGGGAGGUUCUGCUGCAGCUGAAAAAUUCUGUCAAAUGACAAACAUUUUCACAUUGGCAGAGAGUUUGGGAGGAGUCGAGAGUUUGGUAGAAGUACCAAGCAGCAUGACACAUGCUGGCAUUCCCAAGGCUCACAGAGAGGCCAUUGGUGUGUAUGACGAUUUAGUCCGUAUUAGUUGCGGAGUUGAAGAUGCAGAGGAUUUGAAAGCAGAUGUUUUGCAAGCGUUGGAAAAAGCCGUCGUUUGGCCCAAAAUCUCCAAUGGCUUGGAAAAUUACACUUCAUGA